UCUAAUCAUGCGCCGUCUUCACGUCAAAGCGACACCACCAUCUCGCCUGCCUCCUGCUCACCCGCCGCCUCCGUUUCUUCUUUCUCUAGCCCCUCGCCUCCCCGCUGCCAUUACGCCAUAAAGCAAGCGGAAGCAGCAAAUCACGCUGCUGAUACUCGCUCAUAUAUCUACACGCCGCGACCGCGUACACAGGUAGUAACUAACCCAAUCCGCCUCCCCAACUGACCGAUACAGCGGAGGCAAUCCUACAAUUCCCCACCGGAUUCGCCGCGAAAUCCUCCGGUUCUUGGCGCCGAAUCCACCCGAGAUUGGGAGCCGGUUGCUGCGCCGCGCGGGGAUGGUGUAAAGAUCGGUUCUUUGGCGAGCUCUGAUGGCUGGAGGAGGGCGCGUGCGGUUCAACGUGGGCGGGCAGGUGUUCGAGACGACCACCACUACGCUCGCCAACGCUGGCCGCGACUCCAUGCUCGGCGCGCUGCUCGACUCCUCCUGGAACGUUUCCUCCUCCUCCUCCGGCGGCGGCGUGGCUGAGUACUUCAUCGACCGCAACCCGGCGUGCUUCGCGGUGCUGCUUGACCUGCUCCGCACCGGCAGCCUCCACGUGCCGCCGCACCUGCCGGAGAAGCUGCUCUACCGCGAGGCGCUCUACUACGGCCUCCUCGACCACGUCCGCGCCGCGCGGUGGGGCGCGUUCGACGGCGACCGCCUCCGUCUCGCGGUGUCCGUGCCCGGGCGCGCCCCCGGGGACGGCACGGCCAUCCGUGCCGCGCCUGACGGAGGGUGCUGCGUCGCGCACGGCGGCGCCGUGCGCGUGUACAACUGGAUGCUCGACGAGCGCCGGCCCGUGUCGCUCGAUCACUCGCAGGUCAACGACGCGGCCUACCUCGACGCCGCCACGUUCCUGAUCGCGGCCCGCGAGCGGCUCGGCAAGUGCGAUGGGGGCAUGGCUGCGUUCUCUGCCGUCUCCGGCGAACUCCGCCACCGAUUCCGCGUCGCGCAUGAACGGCAGGUCAAGUCGUUCACCGCCGGCGCGUUGGCGUUCGACCAAGACUCGAGCAUCUUCGCCAGCUGCAAGGGCCGGCUCAACGAGUACGGCAUCGGCGUCUGGGACUGCGCCACCGGCGAACAGGCCGACUUCUUCUACGAGCCCCCCGGCUGCGCCCUUGGCGACGCCGACAAGCUCCAGUGGCUGGACGCCACCAGCGCGCUCAUGGUGGCCACGCUGUUCCCCAAGGCAGACAACUGUUUCAUCGGCCUGCUGGAUUUCCGGGGCAAGAACGUGGUCUGGUCGUGGUCCGACGCCGACACACCCCCGUCGCUCGAGGACAAGCGCGUGCUCCACGCCAUCGCCAUGGAGGACGAGCGGUCGGUAUGCGUGAUCAACCAGUACGACGACCUGGGCUUCCUCGACCUCAGGAGCAGCACCGGCGGCGUGCGGUGGAGCUCCCGGAGCAAGCUCAUGAACCGGAAGGUGCCCGGCGAGGAGAGCUGCUACCCGAAGCUCGCCACGCACGGUGGGCAGCUCUUCUCGUCGAUGAACGACAGCAUCUCCGUGUUCAGCGGCCCCGAGUACGUGCUGACGUCGACGCUCCGUCGGAGCCACGGUGGCGCCAUCUGCGAUUUCUCGAUCGGCGGCGACCGGCUCUUCGCCCUGCACAACGAGGAGAACGUGUUCGACGUCUGGGAGACGCCGCCGCCGCCGAUCAUCUGACCGUCAGUGGACUACGGUUUGUUAGUUCGUUGUUGUUCUGUACCUUCCGUACUUUUGCAAGUGCUCGGUUAACAGUGGAAAGAAAUACUUAGAAUGGUAUCUGCACACUGAAUACUUUGUAACUUUUGAUCCUAAAGAAA